AUGCUAUCGGCGGCUCAUUGCAACGGUCGUGACGAAAGUCUUGGUGAUCCGUUUUCCCGCAGAGUCUACCUGGGAGGUCGUAGACGAGGCACAGGAGUGGCCAGGAACAUGGCCAAACGAAUUCCUCAUCCUCGAUGGGAUGAUUCUCUUAGAAGCAAUAUUGAAUGGGAUUUCCUCGUGGUCAAGCUUAACCAAACUACCAAAGGGGUAGAAGGCCUUAUACCCAUUCCCCUCAAUGAUCAGAACGAUUAUCCAGUGGGAGGAGAAACCCUUACGGCCAUUGGAUACGGAAGACUCACCAGCGGAGGCAGAGAGCUUCCUGAUAUGCUAAGGCAUGUCGAGAUCGCGGCAUUCAGCAAUGAACGGUGUGGAACAUACUAUGGGGAUACUGGAGUUACGUUCCAACAAGAAAGUAUGCUCUGUGCAGGAGUUGAUGGUGGUGGUAGAGGACUUGUCAAGGUGACAGCGGUGGCCCUAUCAUUGAUCAAAAUGGAGUCCAGCUCGGUGUCACAAGCUGGGGAGAAGGUUGCGGUGCCAACAUGUAUCCCGGUGUGUAUGCUCGAAUUAUGGAGAGCAACCGCCAGGGCCAGUCGAACGGUCAAUAACCCCGUCAUUGUGAAAUUCAAUGUUACCAACGGACGGAAUGGAACCUACCACUUUACCAUUGCUGACAGUGCACGAGAUGGAAUUUGUUGCGAACACGGACAGGGAAAUGUCACAAUCUUCAAUACGGAUACGGGAGAUGUCCUGUUCUUCAAUGACAAUGUCACGGAAAAAUUUCAAUUCUGGUUUACAGUGGACAAUGUGGGCACCGUACUCUCUACUCGAAUCAAAGAGGGAGCCGAUGUCGAGGAUGAAGACAACGACAUGGGAGAAGGAGUUGGAAUUGGCGGAGACAAAAUAUGGGCCCGAUGCUGGGGCGACUAG